GUUCCUCCAACACCAAAAGGAAUAAUAGGACGUCAAACAAGAAGAAGACGAAGAAGAAGAUAAGAAAGGAGAAGAAGAACAAGAAAGAUAUCGUUUUUUUCGUCCGGUGCUGUUAAAAACGUUACAUCGCGCCCUCUCCGUAGUAAGAUAUUCGAUAACACACACUGCGACUAAGCUUACACACAGCCACACAUCAGCUGGCGGUGGCUUCCUAUACAGCUGGUGGCGUCUGGCAGUUGCGAAGUUCCGACGGUCGCUUCACCAUACACCACACUGUCCACACAUCCCCUGCAGCCAAGACACGGUCGCCGCCACCACGCCCUGCAUCACCGAACAAGGACCCUGCUGCAAGUGACUCCUAUGCAUGGACGAAGUCAUCACUGAGUGACUGUAACACAUUCCACCGUCUAUCUGCCGCGUGUCUGGCCGUGAGUGGACCGAGGGCCAAAGUCCAUCCCUGGCAAGGUUACCGUCAAGCGCGAGCUACGAUUGGCCGGAAUCUUCCGUGCCCGAUACCUGUUGUGCUAAGACGCCUUGUAUGCACCUCAGGAAUAUGCGUCCCGUUGCCGCUCAGUCCUUCUCCUCACCUCCGCUGCGAAGGGCCGGGCCGCUGAGGGUGUCCCACCGCCCCCCGUCCCCGCCGUGCCAUGCCUGAGUCUCGCCGGGCCUCCGGGACGGGUACUCGGAGCGCCGUGGCCGCAGAGGAUCCCAAGACGGCACAAUGCUCGGCGGAGGAGUGGGUCUCCAGGGUGCCCGACGGGGGCUGGGGCUGGCUCGUGGUGGGCGGCAGCUUCAUUACCACGAUGCUGAUGCCGCUACUGAAUCUUGGGUUCGGCGUCAUCUUCUCGCGCUACCUGCUCGAGGAAGGCAGCUCCUCCACCAUCCACGCCUGGCUCUUCAACGUCCACUCCUUCAUGUGGAACGUGAUGGGGCUGAUGGUGCGGCCCCUGGCGCAGGAGUUUGGCUGGAGGGUCGUGGCUAACUUCGGAGUUCUUCUGGUAUUCGUGUCCCUCGUGGUCUCCGCCUUCACGCCCUCGCCCAGCUUCCUGUUCUUUUCGUUCUCUCUGCUAUCAGGCACGGGUGGCGGCUUGGUGGUGUGCAUGUCCUACAUCAUCGUGCCUUCCUACUUCGAGCGGAGGCGCGGCCUGGCCAACGCAAUGAUGAUGGCCGGCGGGUGCACGGGCCAGGUGGUGGGGCCGCCCCUCAUCCGCCUCCUGCAAGACGAGUAUGGCUUCAGGGGCGCCACGCUCUUGCUGGGGGCCAUCCUGCUGAACUGCUGCAUAGGGACCGCCUUCUUCCACCCCGUCGAGUGGCACCUGAAGAAGCUGCCACAGCCCGCUAAACCUCCAUGGCCAAGCCCUUCCCCUGCCAAGGGAUCUGAGGAUGCUGAGUGCAGCGGCGACGAGGAGGAAGUAGAAUGGGUGAGCUUAGUGACGCAGGCGAGGAGCAGAGGCGAGGACGGCACGCACCAGGACGGCAGCGUUAGCACCGCCGAGAGACAGGGGACUUGCCAGCCGAUGGCCGGCCCGCGGCGAGGCUGGGGCCUGUGUGGACUGUUGGUCAGUGUGGCGCGCUCCACCUGGGCUGACCUGGCCAUCCUAAGGUCCCCGAGGGCCUGCAUCAUCGCCCUGGGCUGCUGCUUCUUCAUCAUUGGCUAUUUCAACUUCCUCAUGAUGGUUCCCUUCGCCAUGCAGACCGCCGGACACAGCCUCGCCGACGCCACCUACUGCCUCUCCGCCUCGGGCAUCACCAACCUGCUGAUGCGGCUGUCGGCCUCGGCGCUCUCGGACUGUGCCUGGUUCAAUAUGCGGGUCGUCUACAUGUCCGGCCUCGCCCUCACCUCUGCCUCCAUUCUGGUGUUCCCGCUGCUGGGGUCGCUGCCGUGGAUGAUGGCGGCCAUGGUGACAUUCGGGCUAGGCGUCGGGACCACCAUGGGGCUCUACAACCUCAGCAUGGUCCGCUUCAUGGGCCUGGAGAACCUCGCGCCUGUGUUUGGGGCAUCCUCGUUUGCCCUCGCCGUCGGGUUCAUCACUGUCGGCCCGCUGAUUGGUGUGAUCCGGGACGUCAGUGGGAGCUACACCGUCAGUAUGUGGAUCCUGUCAGGUUACGUGUUCACAGGCUUCCUCCUGUGGGUGUUCAUGCCGGCUGCCCAGGCUUAUGACCGGCGCAGGGCGGAGGCGAAGGCGGUGGAGUUGUGACCCGGAGGAGGACGAGGCUGAACACACACUGGCCGCUGCGGGAAGGGGUGGCAAAGUGCAUUGUUGUGGUGUUCGUUGUGGACUCAUUAUGCAGUAAAGAGUAUAUUUUUGUGA